AUGGAACCUGAGGCGGUGCCUCCGCCGAUCGCUGACGAAGGAUCGACUGGGGGAGCGGAAGGUGGUCCUAGAACGGUGAAAAGGUUUAAGCAUCUCAAACGCUCGUUUGUGGAAGUUGCGGCAGACUCCCCCUCCUUCGUGGAGGAGGUUCCGGUGCAGUGUGAGGACGUGAACUGGUUUGAAGAAGACAUUGUUGUUGAUUCCGACAAAGAAGAUGAGCCCAGCGAGAGAGAUGAUGGGAUUCCGGUGGUGAGGUUCUCUAAGAAAGUCAGGGAGGAUCUUAUCAAGCCAUGGAGAAACGCUCUUUUGGUGAAAUAUCUAGGAAAACCUGUGGCGUUUACCCUCUUCCAGCAACGUUUGCUUCGGUUAUGGAAUUUGACAAGCAAAGUCGAUUUUAUCGACGUGGGUUCGAGGUGGUUCAUCAUCCAAUGUCAACUCCAAUCAGACUGUAUGCAUGUGCUUACAGAUGGGCCAUGGAAACUGUUUGAUCAGUAUGUUGUUGCCCAAAGGUGGAAGCCGAAGUUUGACGCCGCCAAGGCGAAGGUGGAAAGGAUAGUUGUCUGGGUCCGGGUUCCGGGUCUCCCAAUCGAAUAUUUCAGAGAGGAUGCGAUCAAAGAGAUUUUGGCGACGAUGGGUACACCCCUGAAACUGGACAUGACUACGGCUGGUGUUCAGAAGGGUAAGUUCGCGAGGGGCGCGGUGGAGAUCGAUCUGACGAAGCCGUUAGUGGCAGUGGUGAUGGUUGACGACCAACCCCGAUAG